AUGAUAUCAAGUCUGCCAAGGGAUCUUGUACUAGGUACAUCGAUGACGAAGUUGAAGCAUGACUUCGAUAAGACUAAGGAAUCAAACACUCAGCUACGGAACACUGGUAAUGGAGCCUGGAGGCUUUCCAAAUCAGAUAUGAAUACGUGCGCAACGAUGGGAGUGAAACCCUCUCGUGUAAAUACCUGCCUAUGCCAGACGCCGGUCAUCGGUGGCACCUGUCGACUGGGCACCGCUGACGUGCAAAUCGGCGGUAAACAAACGCAAUUCUUCCUCAAAUGUGAAGCAACAUCAGAUAGUGCUGCCGGCGACGGCGUUUGGGUGGUGAAAUCCCGAGCGGCCACAUCGCCAAGUACGUCGUCCACGGGCACCACGACCAGCUCGUUUACGGUCAAUCAAGCGAUUCCAGUCGAGAACUCUCAACCACAACAACAUCCAAAACUCAUGCGCAAACAGAAUGCGCCCAAUAUUUGC